AUGACUCAUGUUGAUGUAAAAACAAAUGGUGACGAUGCUGGAAAUUCAAAUACUAAUGGUGACGAUGCUGGAAAUUCAAAUACUAAUGGUGACGAUGCUGGAAAUGCUGGUGAAAACGGUGAAAAUGAUAGGAAUGAUGGUGAUAGUGAUGAGCUAGCAAAGGAAAAUGAUGGUGAUAGUGAUGAAACAGGAACAACUCCCCAAACAAUGCAGGAACAACUCUCAAACAAUGCAGGAACAACUCCCCAAACAAUGCAGGAACAACUCUCAAACAAUGCAGGAACAACUCACCAAACAAUGCAGGAACAACUCCCCAAACAAUGCAGGAACAACUCCCCAAACAAUGCAGGAACAACUCUCAAACAAUGCAGGAACAACUCUCAAACAAUGCAGGAACAACUCCCCAAACAAUGCAGGAACAACUCUCAAACAAUGCAGGAACAACUCACCAAACAAUGCAGGAACAACUCCCCAAACAAUGCAGGAACAACUCCCCAAACAAUGCAGGAACAACUCCCCAAACAAUGCAGGAACAACUCUCAAACAAUGCAGGAACAACUCUCAAACAAUGCAGGAACAACUCUCAAACAAUGCAGGAACAACUCCCCAAACAAUGCAGGAACAACUCACCAAACAAUGCAGGAACAACUCCCCAAACAAUGCAGGAACAACUCCCCAAACAAUGCAGGAACAACUCUCAAACAAUGCAGGAACAACUCUCAAAUAAUGCAGGAACAACUCUCAAACAAUGCAGGAACAACUCUCAAACAAUGCAGGAACAACUCCCCAAACAAUGCAGGAACAACUCUCAAACAAUGCAGGAACAACUCCCCAAACAAUGCAGGAACAACUCUCAAACAAUGCAGGAACAACUCACCUAACAAUGCAGGAACAACUCUCAAACAAUGCAGGAACAACUCACCAAACAAUGCAGGAACAACUCACCAAACAAUGCAGGAACAACUCCCCAAACAAUGCAGGAACAACUCCCCAAACAAUGCAGGAACAACUCACCAAACAAUGCAGGAACAACUCCCCAAACAAUGCAGGAACAACUCCCCAAACAAUGCAGGAACAACUCACCAAACAAUGCAGGAACAACUCCCCAAACAAUGCAGGAACAACUCCCAAACAAUGCAGGAACAACUCACCAAACAAUGCAGGAACAACUCCCCAAACAAUGCAGGAACAACUCACCAAACAAUGCAGGAACAACUCCCCAAACAAUGCAGGAACAACUCCCCAAACAAUGCAGGAACAACUCACCAAACAAUGCAGGAACAACUCCCCAAACAAUGCAGGAACAACUCCCCAAACAAUGCAGGAACAACUCCCCAAACAAUGCAGAAACAACUCCCCAAACAAUGCAGGAACUUCUCAGACGAAAUAACUUGUCUGGGGUUAACUAGGCUGUUCCUUGUGAUAAUACAACGCCCGUAG